AUGGAGCCCAAAGAAGCCCCCGGGAAAGAAACUAUGGGCACCAGGAAAAAGAGUCUGCCCUUCCCGAGGCCCAGGCUCUAUAUGCUGGAGAGAAGGAAGACUGACCCUGUGGUUGAGAGCCGUGUUCCUAGGGACCACUCUGGUACCUUGACGAGGAGCCAGUCUCACAAGACCGAGUACAACCAGAAAUUACAAGAAAAGAUGACCCCACAGGCUGGGUGUUCCACGGCUGAGACCCUAACUCAGGAGAAGGAACAUCAGAGAAUGAUGGCAAAGCGUUUGAAAAUCAUCAAGGAGCUGAUACAGACAGAAAAGGACUAUCUCAGUGAUCUAGAGCUGUGCAUUCGAGAAGUGGUUCAGCCCUUGAGAAACAAACAGAUUGAUCAGCUGGACGUGGAUAGCUUGUUUAGCAACAUUGAAUCGGUGCAUCAGAUAUCAGCCAAGCUGCUGUCAUUGUUGGAAGAGGCCACGACAGACGUGGAACCGGCCAUGCAAGUAAUCGGAGAAGUAUUCUUGCAGAUUAAAGGGCCACUGGAAGAUAUUUAUAAAAUCUACUGCUAUCACCACGAUGAAGUGCACAGUGUACUGGAGUCCUAUGAAAAGGAAGAGGAGCUGAAGCAACAUUUGAGCCUCUGUAUUCAGUCCUUAAAGAAAAUAUACAUGCAAGAAGGCAAACCAAACUUACUGGACAUGGGCUCUUUGAUGAUCAAACCAAUUCAGAGAGUGAUGAAGUACCCCCUAUUACUCUGUGAACUCCGGAAUUCCACCCCUCCCUCUCACCCAGACUUUAGAGCACUGGAGGAUGCCUUUGCUGCAGUGAAAGAUAUUAAUGUAAACAUCAAUGAACUUAAAAGACGGAAGGAUUUAGUUCUAAAAUACAAGAAGAACGAUGAGGAUGAAUCACUUAAAGAUAAAUUGUCUAAACUAAAUAUUCAUUCAAUUAGCAAGAAAUCAAAAAGAGUGACAAAUCACCUUAAGAUUCUGACCAGAGGAGAAUCACAGGUGAAAGACAAUACCUUUAAUAGAGAAGAAAAACUAUUUAGAUCUUUAGAAAAGACUGUGAGGCACUGUGUGAAGAACAUUUCAUUCUGUCUUCAACACGUACAGGAUGCCAUGCCUUUAGCUCUGCAGAGUGUAAUGGAGCUCCAAGAGAUUUCACACAACAAAGAUGAGGAGGAGCGGGGCUAUUCAGAGGCUCCAAGUAAUGCCCCAAAUCCCUCUGAUGACUUUGCAGCUCAUUUACAGAAGCUUGUCCUGACGCCCCUGUCAGCCCUGCUGUCCCUAUUCCCAGGGCCCCAGAAGCUAAUCCAGAAACGCUAUGACAAAAUGCUGGACUACAACAGCUACCUGCAGCGGGUGGCGGCAGAUGAGUCAGACUUGGCCAAAAGGGAAUAUGAGGCCCUCAAUGCCCAGCUUGUGGAAGAGCUCCAGGUGUUCAACCGGACCGCGCGGAAGAUUCUGUUGAACUGCCUGUGCAGUUUCAUCGCCCUCCUCAGGGACCUGAUGCUCGUGGCCCAGAGGGUUUAUUCCACGGUGGUGCCGGUACCAUUGUUGGCUUCAAGCCUCUCUGAAAUUCAGAAUCGAGUACUAGAAGAGGUUCAAAAUCUGAAUUUUGCGAAGGAUAACAGUGCUACAUUUAUUGAGAGGAAACUUAGUUUUGAAAAGAAGAAGACUGUGCAAAUUCUGCCGGAAGUGCCACGUCAGAAUGACACUCACCGCUGCAAACUUCUAUCCAUGUACAGUACAGAGGAACUCUACCAAGCUAAGCGCAAGUGCAACGCUACACAAGAAUAUGACAUCAAUCUUCUGGAAGGGGAGUUGGUGGCUGUGAUGGAACAGAAGGAUCCGUUGGGGAGUACCAGCAGGUGGCUUGUUGACACAGGAAUUAUAAAAGGAUAUGUGUAUUCCUCCUUCCUAAAACCCUACCAUCCAGCAAAAGUACAGAAGGUGGACGCCGAGAACAGGUUCUGUGAUGAUGAUUUUGAUAACAUCAGCCUCUUUGUGUCUUCACGACCAGCCAGUGACAGUGUCACAGGCACCCCAGAAGGUAGCAUAAGUGAUAGCAGCUCAUCUCUUAGUGGAACACGUGGGAAGUCUGAAACAAACGGUACUGAUGUUGACAGUUUUCAAGAGGUAGAUGAACAGAUUUUCUAUGCAGUUCAUGCCUUUCAGGCACGGAGUGACCAUGAACUCAGCCUUCAGGAAUACCAAAGAGUUCAUAUACUUAGAUUUUGUGACCUAAGUGGCAACAAAGAGUGGUGGUUAGCUGAAGUUCAAGGGCAGAAGGGCUAUGUUCCAGCUAACUACCUUGGGAAGAUGACUUACGCUUAA